UCCACAGAGAAUAAGAGAAAGAGAGUCUUACUUCUUUCACUUGAUUCUAAAAAAUGAGAGUUGCUUUUGCUUUUCUUCCUCUUGCUUUCCUUGUCCUGCUUGUAGCUUCAGUUGAAUCAAGAAAAGAUGCAGGGGAAUAUUGGAAAAUGAUCAAGGACAUGCCAGAAGAAAUUCAAGGCCUCGUUAAAUUCAAUGAGGAGCAGCAAACUGAAGGUUUGAAGCCUCUUAUGGUCACAGAAGAAGUAACUAUGGAAAAGAAGGUGUUUACAGAAGAUAACGAAAUGGAUUGUAAGGAAAAGAAACAGGUUGUUAAAGAGUUUGAACCAAGACCCAAUGUUUCAGCUUAUGGUGACAAUGAGGUCGAUGCUAAGGAAAAGAAGCACGUUGUGAACGAUUUUGAACCAAGACCCAAUGUUUCAGCUUAUGGUGAUAAUGAUGUUGAUGCCAAGAACAAGAAGCACGUUGUGAAUGAUUUUGAACCUAGACCCAACGUUUCAGCUUAUGGUGACAACGACAUUGACGCUAAGAAACAAAAGAAAUUUGUGAAAUCCUUUGAACCAAGACCUAAUGUUUCAGUUUAUGAUAAGGACAAUGUUGAUGCUAAGUAAAAGGACAUGGUGAAACACUUUGAACAGUAUGAAAUGUCACUACUGGUUAUACUAUAAUGAUGAAUAAAUAAAAAUAAAUGCAUCUUAAAUGAUGUAAGUUAGUUA